UUAUUUACCUCUCUUCGAAUGCAACCAAAACAUAACAACGUGUUCUCCGGCAUCUUUACACUCGACAUAACACCCUGCCCAAAUGGCCAAAACCAAGCGAAAGCUGCCACCACCUGCUCCAAUUCAGCAUGAGGAUGACGACAGCGGCUCCGAUUACGAGGUGGACCGUAUCAUAAGACCCACAAAGGUCGCCAAAACUGUGGAAGAGGAAUUCCCGCUGCCAGCUCAAGUGAAGAAGGACCUGAAACGGAGUAAAGGAACUGCUGAAGAUGAAUCAGAUGAAGAAUCCAGUGAGGAUGAAGACGAUGGAGCUUUGCCUACACUUACCAAAGCCCAGAUCGAACAAAUCUUGCAGACCGUCAAGAACAACAAACGGUUAGUGCUGAACGUAUCGAAUGUGAAUUUCACCACUGCCAAAGAGGAAAUCGAGCAGCACUUCCGCCAGGCUGGUCGUGUCAAGAGUGUGCGGAUACCUAAGCGUAGAGCCUCCGGAUUUGCCUUUGUGGAGAUGCUCGAGCCAGAAGGAUUUCAGAAAGCAUUUCUGUUGGAUUGUAGCUACCUCGAUGGACGACAGAUAAGGGUUCGCCUCUCGGAGAGUGGCAAGAAAAAAUCACACCAGAAAAUUCUACUGCUCGAGCAAAAGAAUUCAGAAAUCCGUAAGAUGCGGAAAAAGAACAAGAAGAUAACGGAAGCAACAGACGUUUCGUUGGUUCCGAAAGUGCUGCCCAAAGAAGUCGAACGGGAUCCAAUUAUGGAUAAGCAAAAAGCGAAACCACACACGAAGAAACAGAUUAAGGCACACAACAAGAAAGUUUCGAUGAAAGCUAAGUUUAGAAAUCUGGCUAAGAAAGGGAUCAAGGUGUGAUGUGUUAGGAUGAAUUGUUACGUGUGUCGAAUAAAUUUUCCAUAUUUUAA